AUGAUUGUACAAGGUUUCAGGGCAGAUGUGGGAUAUUAUGCGCACGUUGGCGGGGAAUCUGAUCGAGAUCUGGUAGUACUCCGAUUUCCCAAUUUUAAGGGGUCGCUGGAAAACUUGGUGGUAUGCUCGGCAUACCUUCCAUAUGACUCCCCGGACCCACCACCAUUGAAGGAAAUGGAGGAGCUGGUGACAUUCUGUGAACGGAAAAGCUGGCCCUUGCUCAUUGGAUGUGAUGCGAAUGCGCACCACAUUCUGUGGGCCAGCACUGUCGUGAACCCGAAGGGUGAGGCUAUAGCAGAUUUCCUGUUCUCUACAAGUCUACACCUUCUCAACAGGGGUGACGUGCCUACCUUCAUAACAUCAAGUAGAAGGAAGGUGCUUGACGUCACUAUGUGCAGCAGCUCUAUCGCUGAUUGCAUCAAAGAUUGGCGUGUAGCCACGGAGGUGAUCUCACUUUCUGAUCACCGACAUAUCUAUUUCACCAUCAGUGUAGGCGGCUCUGUGAGGGAACCAGAAAUUUUCAGGAACCCCAGAAAAACAGAUUGGUCCAGAUAUCUGGCAUCCCUCUCUGAAAACCUAGUACAGGUUAACCUUAAACCUAGGACUACAAGAGAGUUGGAUACUGCAGCUGAGAAUCAUCAGGAGUCCAUAAUCUUGACCUUUCAUAGCAGCUGUAGCCCGCAGGUUCGUAGACCUAAGGGUCGGACGAAAUGUUGGACAUCUGAAAUUAUUGCUGCCAGACGCAUCAGCAGGCAUCGGUUCAACAAGGCAAUAAGAUCCGGCGUUGCCAGUGACUGGGACGAGUACAAAUUUCACACAAAAGCGAAUGACUAUCGACCAACAAGCCUCUCAUUGUUCUUGGUUAAGACAUUGGGGAGGAUAAUUGAAAGACAAAUUAGGUUACCCAAAAAUAUGCCUCAAAACCUAAAUAAGGAGUUAACUAAUGCUGAAAACUCUAAUGAGGUGGUUUCUUUGGAGAAUAUGGAUGUUGUGGGGCUGAAUAAAGCCACGGAAAAGGUUUCGAAUAAUGUUACAAAAGAAUCUUCUCUGGAUGACAAGAAAGAUUUCGAUAGUGGUAACUCUGAAAACAAAUGGAACUUUGUUGAUAGAAGGAAAAGGAGGGGAAAAAUGGUUGUAGUUGUUGGCAAUGAAUCCCAGACAGAAACAAAGGUGAAGGGUGUACCUAAGACGAUUGACCUUCAUGUAUACAGGAUCCAUCCAAAUACGUCUGUAGAAGAUCUAAAGGAUAUGUUGAAACCCCAUUUUGGAGAAGUUGUUACGGAAGCACUGAAAUCAAGAAAUCCAGAAAUAUACUCUUCCUUUGAGGGACAAGGCUUUAGUGGAAUACCACUGCACCCGUCCCAGCGUGCUUAUCAGCUUGGCAACUCAGUAGAUUCUGCUCUUCAUUCAGUUGUUAACUCUAUUGAGGACGAACUCUAUAAUAACGAGUACACAUUAGCUGUAUUUCUGGAUAUAGAAGGCGCAUUCAACAACACUGCGUUUGGUGUGAUGCAAUCCGCGUUGGCCAAACAUGGUGUUCCAUCGCACAUUAUGAACUGGCUGUAUACUGUCGUGGUGAGGCCUAUCCUAACCUACGCUUCUAUGAUGUGGUGGCCUUCUAUGGAGAGUCCAGUAACCGCAGCACUAUAA